CGCCACGUGCACUGGAGGACCUGGCUCGCCAUCAAGUGCUCGCCCAGCCUGCACGUGGACGAGAGGGAGCGGAUGGAGCUGCUGGAAGAAGCAAAGAAGAUGGAAAUGGCAAAAUUUCGCUAUAUCCUUCCUGUUUAUGGCAUCUGUAAGGAACCAGUUGGCUUGGUUAUGGAAUAUAUGGAGACAGGAUCACUGGAAAAACUCCUGGCCUCAGAACCGCUGCCAUGGGAACUGCGCUUCCGAAUCAUCCAUGAGACGGCUGUGGGUAUGAACUUCCUGCACUGCAUGUCACCACCUCUGCUGCAUCUGGAUCUCAAGCCAGCAAACAUUCUGCUUGAUGCCCAUUAUCACGUCAAGAUUUCUGAUUUUGGACUAGCAAAAUGCAAUGGCCUCUCACAUUCCCAUGAUCUCAGUGUAGAUGGUUUAUGUGGCACUAUAGCAUACCUGCCUCCAGAGCGUAUAAAGGAGAAGAACCGAUGCUUUGACACAAAACACGAUGUGUACAGUUUUUCCAUCGUGGUUUGGGGAGUUCUCACACAAAAGAAGCCUUUUGCAGAAGAAAACAACAUCUUGCAUAUUAUGGUCAAAGUAGUUCAAGGCCACCGCCCAGAACUACCUACCGUUUCCAAAUCCAGACCUCGCUCAUGUAAUAACUUGAUUAGACUGAUGCAAAAGUGUUGGCAAGAUGAUCCUAGUAAGCGGCCAACAUUUCAAGAAAUCACUUCAGAAACAGAGGAUUUGUAUGAAAAACCAGAAGAUGAAACAAAGGAAACUGUAACCCAGGACCUGGACACCAAGCGUUCCCAAGAACUACGUUCUGAGGGAAGGCACGCAGUAUCCCAGGCAAAACGAGCAUCCGCUCCGGUGUCAGCUAAGGAUUACAGCCUCUCAGAAUUGUUGUCCCAGCUGGAUUCGGGAAUUUCACAGACAAUUGAAGGCCCUGAGGAGCUGAGCCGUAGCUCUUCUGAGUCCAAACUUGCUUCCAGUGACAAGAGACUUUCAGGAAUUUCUUCUGUGGAUUCAGCCUUUUCGUCUCGAGGUUCCCUGUCUUUGUCCUUUGAGAGAGAGAACUCUGGAAAUGAUAUUGACACGACAGAUAUUCAAAAGAGAAAAUUGGCUGAGGCAAUUCUAGCUGGAGACACAGGCAAGCUAAUGAAGAUUCUCCAGCCUCAAGAUGUUGAUCUUGUUUUAGAUGGAAACUCCAGCCUCUUGCACUUGGCUGUUGAGGCAGGUCAAGAAGAGUGUGUCAAGUGGCUGCUCCUUUAUAAUGCUAACCCUAAUCUCACCAAUAAGAAAGGGUCUACCCCCUUGCACGUGGCUAUAGAGAAGAAGGUUCGAAGCAUCGUGGAGCUUAUUCUGGCAAGGAAAAUCAAUGUGAAUGCCAAAGAUGAGGAUCAGUGGACAGCUCUUCACUUUGCAGCACAGAAUGGGGAUGACUUCAGCACCAGAAUGCUGCUUGAUAAGAAUGCCCUGCUGAAUGAAGUAGAUUUUGAAGGAAGAGCCCCCAUUCACAUAGCCUGCCAGCAUGGCCAAGAAAACAUAGUGCGUAUCCUUUUGAGAAGAGGUGUGAAUGUAGAUAUCAAGGGAAAGGAUGGCUGGUUGCCAUUGCACUAUGCUGCUUGGCAAGGUCAUCUCUCCAUUGUCAAGCUUUUGGCAAAACAUUCAGAUGCAGAUGUGAAUGCACAGACAGUGGAUGGGAGGACUCCUCUGCACCUGGCAGCACAAAGAGGGCACUACAGAGUGGCCCGCCUUCUUAUUGAACUGCAGUCAGACGUUAACAUCCAGAACACGUUUUUGCAAACUGCUCUCCAUGUAGCUGCUGAAACGGGCCAUACCAGCACUUCCAGGCUACUUCUCAAUCGUGGUGCAGAAAUUGAGGCUGUUACAGCAGAAGGAUAUACUGCAUUUCAUUUAGCAGCCCGCAGUGGACAUCUAGCCACAACUAGACUGUUGAUAGAUGAAAAGGCUAAUGUUCUGGCCAAAGGCCCUGCAAACAGAUCAGCACUACACCUUGCUGCUGAAAAUGGACACUCUGAAGUAGUAGAGGAGCUUGUCAGCUUAGGAAACAUAAAUGAUUCUGAUGAAGAAGGGUUGACAGCUCUUCACCUGGCAGCAAGAGGUGGGCAUGCGAAAACAGUUGAGAUCCUACUAAAACAUGGGGCCCUUGUUGAUGUGAAAGGCCUCCAGUUUCAGACUGUACUGCAGCUGGCUAAGCAAAGUGGGAAUAGCUCGAUUGUCAUGUUGCUAAGUGAGACUUAAAAAAGCAAAUUCUGUAUCUUUACCUUUCUACAAAGUGUUGGGAGGCUGCUGAACUUUGGAGAUUGUCCUGGAAUUUGUACAGUAAGCUGCUUGCCUGCAAAAUCUGCAGAUAAACUUUAAUUCCAGCAAUUUAAAAGUUACCUUUUACAAAAGGUACCAUAGCUAAUCUCAGACUGGGUGCAGGAGCAAGCACCAGGGACUCCUGAAUAGCAGUAUCAAGUCUGCCACUUUGGUCUUAGGCAGUCUUUUGUGCAUCUUUCCACCUUGAUAAUGGAUAUAAAUACAUUUAACCUGCCUCCCAGGCAUGUUGUAAAAUUCGACAGCAUUUAAGUGGUACCUGAAUCUUUCAGUAUGCUAUAUCAAGUUUUUAAGUGUUGUUCUGCCUUCUGAUCUCUUCAGAUGCAGUGGGACAAACAUCUUGUUUCAGACUACUGGGAUUACACCCUUUUUAAAGCUUCUGUGGUAAGAAGUUAUCUAAAAACCUAAUGUUCAAUUUAAAAUGAGCACUGUUGAAGAAGACGGCUUAUUAAGAAGGUUUUUAUUUUUUAGGAAAGAUGCAUUCGAUCCUGGAACAGAUGCAUUUGAUCCUGGACUCUAUGCUUAAGUGUCAUUUCACUUUCAGAAUGUGCAAGAUGGACUAUAUGGGAAUACUGUACUGUUCAUUGUUCUAUACAGAAAUAUUGAUUACAAGGCCACACAUUUCCAUGUACUGAGCAGUACCAAGAAACUAUCCUCAGCUAGGUCAUAAGCUGUAAGAACUGAAACAAAUCCUAGUUUUGUCUUGAGGGAGUGAAGCAUGUGAAAAUACAAAUUUAUAUGCCAUACCAACGUGUAUAAUGAAAAUCAGCCAUAUGACUUGGUACCUGUAAAUGGUUUUAAUGUGAAAAUGGCAUAGGUUUGAGUAGUUCAUUAUGAAUUUUUCUUUGCAAUAAUCAAAUGUUAUAUUCUGAUAACAUUAUGGAACAUUUUCAAAGCAGUUUGUUUAGGUGGCAUGUGUUUUAUAGAACCACAUGUACAGUGCCACAGUACAUAUCCCAAAUGAAUGAACUGUGUGAUUGAUAUAAUAUACUGUGUAUAUAGUUUUUUCUAUCUGUUGCUCACAUUUUUCUACUAAAGAAAAUAGACUUUAGAGCUGGGUAUGUUUUAAUAUUCACUCUUUUCUCAAAGUUCAUAUGUGAUCUGUUGUCAAUAAAAUAAUUGUUGUAUAUACCUGCUGUAA